UUUUCUUUUUGAGGACAAUGAAUGUUGACAAUUUAACAUAAAUACGUUAAAUUUUGGGGGACACAUACGUUAAACAACGUGGGGUUCGUUUCACCAAAGAGUUCAAGGAUCUAAAAAAGUAGCAACUGAUUUUCCUGGAAAAUUCUUUGCUUCCGUUCAACUCGAGACAUUUUUGGAGCUCAAAAUUGGAAGCUUGCAUCAAACCCACAUCAUGAUUUUUGUCGAUGGAGCUCCUUUUGAUUUCAACUCUUCAUCUUCGGAGAAAAUUUUAUUUGCUUUGAUGGAGCACCCUUCACUGGUAUCUGCUUCAAAGGCGUUCAAGGCUAUUCCAGAAAGGAAGUUCUCACUUGCUGAAGAGUCUGGCACAGAAAGACCAGAAAAAAGUAAAUGGGUCUAUUUGUUCCAAAGAGAAUAUGCAACUGUUGAUCCUGCACUGGUGGAUUUUGUCGGAACUGAUGAAGCAACUACCUGCGUGGGCUUUGCUAUUAGAGAUCGAAAAAAUGGAAUGGUCUCAGUUGCACAUAUGGAUUCUCCCAAUGUUGUGGACAAGGGCCUCAACCAGAUGCUUUCGACAUUUGUUCAUCAGAGUUUUGAUGAUGACCUCGACGUGCAUGUGAUUGGUGCUUUUGAAGAUUCUUCCUCUAAACAUGAUAGCUCUAGCUCUAGCUCUGAAAGUGAUGUGAGAUUGAAUGGUUACUCCCUUCCAUUGUGUACCAAAAUUAUUAAAAGUUUGAGGAAGAGAACUGAGAAAUUCCACCUUCAAACUCUCUUUGUUCUUGCGCGUAACACUUGGAGAGAUUCCGAAGAGAAUGCACAUCCCAUUUUCAGUGGUUUUGUGGUAGAAACUUCAACUGGAUCAGUCAUCCCAGCAAGAUUUGACAACACUUCAAGAUGUCCUGAUGAAAUGAUCAGGAGAAUUCGAGCAUCCGCGGCGUAUGAGGACCGUAAAUGGGAUGGCAAGUUGCUGGAAACAUAUGAUACUCAGACUGAUACAUUCAAAAUUGCUCCAUGCCGCUGGAGUACAGAAAAUCAAGAACGGAUUGCUAGGUUUCUGAGAGCUCAAUCCGAUUCGUAUAUACUACUUAAUUGUUCUACUUCCCCUUUUGCUGAGGCUCCAGACUUUGUACAAAAUGAAAGAAAAAAGUGGGACUACUUGAUUGAAAACCCAGACUGGAGAAAAGCAUUUCCGAUGGAGCAGCCUCAUGUUUUCGAGAGAACUGGGGAUGGAGGCUGGACAAGUGCUUCUGCUCAGAUCAACACAUCUAGUUUCUUCUACAAGAUGAGCUCAAUGCGCGAACGAUCUUGUCAUUUGUGCUAGAGUGGAGGUGCUAAUGCAUGUGAAGGUACAAGACAAGGUUAUCUUGGUUCAACAAUGAUGCGAAGAAUCGUAGAAAGUUCACAUCGAUAUCCAUUAAAAAGGCAGCAGAUCUUUCAAAUGAAUAAAGUUUCAUGUGAAGCUUGUUCUCUUGGUAAACUGAUCAUAAGACCUUCACCAGCUAAAAUAGAAAUAGAAUCAUCUACAUUUCUUGAACGUAUUAAAGGUGACAUAUGUGGACCUACACACCCAAUGUGCUGACUAUUCCGAUACUUUAUGGCAUUAAUAAAUGCAUCCAGUAGAUGGUCACAUGUUUGGUUAUCAACUCGGAUUGUGAUAUUUGCGAGAUUUCUUGCUCAGAUAAUUAAA